AUGAUCGACGCUUCCAUUGCCAAAUGGACGUCACACUUGCAUACGAUUGGCAACUUGAGUCUCAGCGGCGUGGUAGCCCCCUGUCAAGUAGUAGUUCCCUGUCUUGAAAGUCAAGGCAAUCGAACAAUGGCCUUCCGACGGGAGCCUUCGUCAUGUCAUGUGCUGGUUCACUUUCAUGGUUCGCUCCUCCAUUGCGGGGGACGACUCGACUCGUACACUCUUCAAGGCGAAGACGAACAGAACGUGGCUGUCAGCCAGAAGUCGGAAAGCAAAGCAAACUAUGCGAAUGCAAGUAGUGGAGGUCGGCCCUACGUUUCUGAGUCGAGUCCUUCAUAG